AUGGCGGAUGAGCCUGAUUUGAAGCCAAGCCCUGGAAUGACGGUUGAGGAAUGCCAGAAUAUGAUCCAGAGAAGUCUUCGAACUCCCAUGGUAAAAUUUCUGAAGGAGCACCUGGAGAAAUCAGGAUGUGGUAUUGGCAGCAAUUUCAUAAAGGCUGUCAAUUGUAAAGGAGCUACUGCUGGUGGUUAUGUUAAAGGCGAAGGGAUAGUGGUAUGUAGUAAUCACCUACAAAUCCAAGAUGAGAUACGGGCCGGCCAUCUCAGUGGAGAUUGCCAUUACAAAAGGGAAUUACUUCGUGGCUUUAUGAAGCUGAGAGGACAUGAGCAAGAUUUUGUGCGGCGAAGAGUGAUGAAAUCAGUGACAGCAAAUCCAUAUUGUUCGGAAGCAUCAGCAAAGGAUGCAAUGGAAGCUGUUUGGGAUAUUUGUUAUAACAACACUAAGCCCUUUGACCGUGCUCCUUGA